CCGGAAGUGGUUUUGUAAACAUGGCGGUGUCCAUGUCACCCUCACACCGUCUAUCGUAACUUUGUUGUUUUUUUUAACGAAGGAAGUCGGGUGCGAGGCGGCGAAUUGUCCGCCUUGUGAGGAUGAGGAUGAGGACGGGCGGCGGAGCGGUGGGAGCAGCGCUGCCUGUCCUCCGCCUCCUCCGGCGCUGCGGUGUCCAGGCGGCAGCAGAGUGGACACCGUGGUCUUGUAGGCACCUCUCCUCGUCCAGACCCCCAUGGAGGCUCCUGUUCUUCGGCUCAGAUCAGUUCGCCGUGGAGUCCCUCAAAGUCCUCGCAGCUGACAGGAGCUCCGGCGGGGGCGUGGUGGCGUCCCUGGAGGUGGUCACGUUGAGCGAGGACGUUCCUGUGUGGAGGUUUGCCCAGCUGAAGGACCUUCCGGUCCACAGAUGGCCGCCGGGCGACGUGGCCGGACGCUUUGACGUAGGCGUGGUGGUAUCGUUUGGCUGUUUGCUCCAGGAGAGACUCAUCACGGCGUUCCCGCAUGGGAUUUUAAAUGUCCAUCCCAGCCUACUGCCGAGGUGGCGCGGGCCGGCACCGGUCUUCCACACCAUCUUGCACGGAGACGCCGUGACGGGUGUCACCAUCAUGCAGAUCCGCCCACACAGGUUUGACGUGGGUCCGAUCCUGAAGCAGCAAUUCUAUCAGGUCCCGGAGAAGUGCACGGCCGAAGAGCUGGGAGACGUCCUUGCCAUCAAAGGAGCUCGGCUGCUCAUGGACACGCUGCGGACGCUCCCGCAGACGAUGGCCAACAAGCAAGAACAGAGCCAGACGGGUGCCACCUUCGCCCCAAAAAUCAGCUCAUCUAUGAGCUGGGUGGUGUGGGAGGAGCAGACGUGCGAGCAAAUCAACCGCUUGUAUCGAGCCAUCGGAUACAAGAUUCCUCUGAGGACCACUUGGAUGGGACGCACCGUCAAGCUGCUGGACUUUGUGGGAAAGUGUCACAUCUCCUUAGCAGAUCCCAGCAGGAGGUCCAUGCCUGGUUCAGUGAGCUUCCAAAGAGAGUCCAAUAUCCUUGCUGUUUGCUGCAAGGAUGGCUGGGUGGGCUUCAAGGCGGUGCUCCUGAAGAAGCGGCUGACGGCGGCUGACUUCUACAACGGCUACCUGCACCAGACGCUGCUGCAGCACAAUAAGACUCCGCCCCACCCGGCAGCCAGGGGCGUGUUCCUCAGCAGGAGGGGAGGGGCCGAGACGCCUCACCAGGACGCCACGCUGCCGAAAGACAAAACAAACUGUGUUUCCUGACGAGGAAUGGGCAUGGCAUCGGGGAACGUAACAUCGUUGACUUUAUUCAAGAGUCAUAAUAAAUUCAUGUUCUCACCCAUCACAUGAACACAAAACAAUCAUGGAAACUUUUUUUCAUAUUAAGGGACAUUUCAAGACUGUCUAGUGGUCGUCCUGACAACAGGUCAACUGCAACAUUUUUAAUGAUUAGCUUGUAUGGUCUGUUAUUUUCUGCCAGCAGGGGGAGCCAGGUCAUUUUGUACCGGAGGCUGAAAAAAAACUAUUGAAUGACGUCGCAUGUCCAGAUGUUGGCAAGUCGUAAGAACAUAAAAAUCACCUGUUUGUGAAGCA